AUGAACCACGCUGGUCUUUCCAUCAACAGCUACGGCCACAUGCACAUUGCUUGCACUGAUCGUCAGCACAUCAGCCCCAUGCUUGAAGCUCUUGCACCCGCCUCAAGAAGAGCCCAGGCUUACAUCUACGCCAACAGCCGCCGCCCUUCUGCCGCCGCUACUGAAGCUAGCGAAGCCGAUAACGCUUCUCUCUACUCUGUCGAUAGCCUCCAGAAGCCCGAGCCCAAACCUGCCAAGAAGUCUCGCCGCCAUUUUUGGUCAAAGAAGCAGAGCUAA